UUGUUUUGGUUUGAAGAGUAUGAGAUGUAGUUGUUUAACUUUGCUUCACUCAUUCUCAUCAUUCCCAUCUGGAGGCUACAGCCGCAGGCUUCUGUACCAGUGCCGAGGGACAGACAGAUGGUGGUUAAGGAAAGGCACUCACUCUCAGGAAAUGAAUCAGAUUAGAGGAUGGAGAAGGUGUAAAACUGAUUUUUUUAGAAACUAUGCUUCUCUGUAUCUGGGAAAACACAACACCAAGGAAACUUAAUUCAAACAAAUCUGGCACAGACAGGUUUGCCUGGAAAUUGUUUUCCCACGAUAAGUUUGUCUCCGAAAAUGAGUUUCGAGGUGAGCUGCUGAAACAGAGGUGGACGAGAGGAGAGAGAAUCAGCAGUUGUGAAUCUACACGAAGCUCUCUGGGCAGACAAAUCAAAAUGAACGAGGACAGUGACCACAAGAGAACACGCACACGGUCCAAAGGAAUAAGAGUGCCAAUAGAACUUGCAGGACAAGAAUUCAGCUGCCCAACUCCUGGAUGCAGUGGUUCAGGCCAUAUCAGUGGAAAAUAUGCAAGACACAGAAGUGCACUAAGCUGCCCAUUGGCUCGGAAAAGGAGACUCCAAGAGGUGGACUCAGACCAAGAUCAGCCAAUAUCCAAGAGGAAGUCCCACCCCCUGAAGCUGGCCCUGGAUGAAGGAUACAACGUAGACAGUGAUGCUAGCAGUGAAGAGACAGAAUUGAAAGAGGAGUCUUGUGCAGAAUCAGAAGAAUCCCCAGAAGAACAAGAGGAUGUGGUAGAAGAGAGAAUAGAAAGCAAAGAGCAAGAAAACGUUAAUGAGCCCGAGGAAGAGGACUGUGUGGUUCUGGAACCUUCAAAUACAAUUAAAUCUAAAGACUCAGAGACAAAACCAAAAGACUCAGCAGGUACUCAGAGAGACGAGUACUCAAGCUACCAAGAAAUGGUGGCCAGCUCCCUGCUCAAACUGGGCCAGAUUGCUGAGAGACACAGUUCUUCUGACACCAUACCUGUCCAACUGCUGAAGGCCAGAGGUAUGGAAAAGCAGCAUGCGUCAGAGAAAACACCCUUAGACAACCAGGGAAAUGAUGAAGAGGAGGACGAAGGUGAGAACUGUCGAACGGCCAAUGAGGCGACGGAAAAAGCUGUGACAAAGCCACAGACUGAAGGGGACAGAGUAGUGGUGCAUUUUGAAGAUGAAGAUGAGGAAGAAGAAGAUUGCAAUGAGGAUGAAAAACAAGAAAAGCAAUUUAGAAGGCAAAAUGACAAUUCAGACCACCAGUAUUUCAGUGGAGACUUACAGAAUGGCCAGGCAAAGAAUGUAGUGAAGGGAGAACUAGGCUUAGAGAAGCAGGACGUUCUACGAGUAGAUGAGGAGUUGGGAGAAGAUGAAGAAGUUUAUAGUGUGCAUGCCUUCUCUGGUGUCAUCACCACCAGCACCCAGUUUCAAAGAUCUGAGGCUGAGGAGCAUAGAACUGCAACUCAAGAGGACUACAUGUACCAUAAGGUCAUACCUUCUAUUGUCAUCGAAGUUCAGUCUAAGGAGUCAGAGAAGGAGGAAGAUGGAGAUGAUGAAGAGAGGGAGGAGGACGAUGAGGACAACCAGUCGCAAAAGUCAGCAGUAACCGACGAGUCAGAGAUGUAUGACAUGACAAAGGGGAACUUGGGCCUGCUGGAGCAAGCUAUCGCUCUCAAAGCUGAACAAGUGAGAAGCCCCCAUGAGAUGAACCAUGGCCCUGAACACCUGCGGUACUUUAACACAGAGGACAGGAAGCGCAUGGAUACAAUUCGCAAGGGUUACUUUAGCAAGGAGAGCUCCAGGCCAGAGAAAAGGGAAAUCAAAUGUCCCACGCCUGGGUGUGAUGGAACAGGUCACGUGACCGGACUCUACCCCCAUCACCGCAGUCUUUCAGGAUGCCCACAUAAGGACAGAAUCCCACCAGAAAUCCUGGCCAUGCAUGAGAAUGUGCUGAAGUGCCCGACGCCUGGCUGCACAGGACAGGGUCACGUCAACAGCAACCGCAACACACACAGAAGUUUGUCUGGAUGCCCCAUCGCAGCAGCAGAGAAGCUGUCAAAAACACACGAGAAGCAGCAGCUCUCUCAGCCUCUGAGUGAACAUGCCAAAGGAAGCCCAAACUCUGACAGAGUACUCAGGCCCAUGUGCUUUGUGAAGCAGUUGGAGAUCCCACACUAUGGCAGCUACAGACCGAGUGUGCUCCCUACUACUCCUCGUGCCAACCUAGCCAAGGAGCUGGAGAAGUACUCCAAAGUCUCCUUCGAUUAUGCAAGCUUCGACGUUCAGGUCUUUGGGAAACGCAUGCUCGCGCCAAAGAUACACGCCACUGAAACCUCACCAAAAGCCUUUAAACCCAAACCUCUCCAUAAGGCCUCCUCCCCUAGUCACAACAUUCCUGGAGGCUAUACAAAGAGCAAUUCCACCUCAUCUAGUGGGUACGACUACUCCCACGAUGCCGAGGCGGCACACAUGGCGGCCACUGCCAUCCUCAACCUUUCCACACGAUGCUGGGAAAUGCCCGAGAACCUAAGCACCAAGCAGCAGACCACACCCAGCAAGGCAAUGGAUAUAGAAGUGGACGAGAAUGGAACGCUGGACCUCAGCAUGAAGAAAUGUGCCAAGAGGGAGGGCAGUAUGCCAUGCAGCAGCCCUGGGAUCCACUCCCCAGACCCGUCCUUCUUCUCCUCUUCCUCUCAGCUCCCAGGCAGUAGCAGCAGUGUGACCUCUCCCCAGUCCAUCCACACCUACAAGCAGGACGAAUGGGAGGGGCCUCUUGAUUACACAAAGCCCAAUCGUCAGCGAGAGGAAGACCUGGAAGAGAUGGAGCAGACGAGCCAGUCCUAUGUGUCAUCUGAGCCUGAGGACUGUGAAGUGAUACAAGACUGCCCUGAGGAUAAAAAGUAUCCCGGAGAAGUGACCACCCCCAGCUUCAAAGUUAAAUUCCAGACUAAGGACUGCAAGAAGGAGCUCCUGCUGUGUCCCACCCCUGGUUGCGAUGGUAGCGGCCAUAUCACUGGAAACUAUGCAUCCCAUCGCAGCCUCUCUGGGUGUCCUCUUGCUGAUAAGAGUCUGCGUUCCCUCAUGGCAGCCCACUCUCCUGAACUCAAGUGCCCUACUCCAGGAUGUGACGGCUCGGGACAUAUCACUGGGAACUACGCUUCACACAGGAGUUUGUCCGGUUGCCCCCGUGCCAAGAAAGGUGGAACAAAAACCAGCCCCACCAAGGACGACAAGGAGGACUCUGAGCUCUUAAAAUGCCCAGUCCCAGGAUGUGACAGCCUGGGCCAUAUCAGUGGGAAAUAUGCCACCCAUCGCAGUGCCUACGGGUGCCCGCUGGCUGCCCGCAGGCAAAAGGAGGGGCUCCUCAAUGGCUCUCCAUUCUCCUGGAAGUCCUUUAAGACCGAAGGACCCACUUGCCCGACCCCAGGCUGUGAUGGCUCAGGACAUGCCAAUGGCAGCUUCCUCACACACAGAAGCCUCUCCGGGUGCCCCAGAGCCUCUCUGGCCAAAAAGAAAGCCAAGUUCUCUGGGGAUGAGUAUCUGAGUACAAAAUUCAGGGCCAGUGAUGUUCUAGACAACGAUGAAGAUAUCAAGCAACUUAACAAAGAGAUUAGUGAACUAAACGAAUCCAACAGUGAGAUGGAGGCAGACAUGGUCAAUCUCCAGACACAGAUCUCAUCAAUGGAGAAAAACCUGAAGAACAUCGAGGAGGAAAACAAGCUGAUCGAAGAGCAAAACGAGGCUUUGUUUGUGGAGUUAUCCGGGCUGAGCAAGGCCCUGAUCCGCAGCUUGGCCAACAUCCGCCUUCCGCACAUGCAGGAGCCAAUAACUGAGCAGAAUUUUGAUGCCUACGUGAGCACUCUGACCGAUAUGUACACUAAUAAGGACUGCUACCAGAACCCUGAGAAUAAGGCCCUUUUGGAAACUAUCAACCAAGCAGUGAAGGGCAUCAAGGUCUGAAGGCCGACGAGAACAACAGGGAGAAGAGCAAAGUGAGAGUAAAAUGUGGGGGAAACGGGCAUUCAGGUUAUUAGCAUGUCGUUCAACUUCAUCCCAAGGGCAUUGCAUCAGAGAGAAAACAAGUACGAAUGAAAUCCAGAGAUUCUGCUUCUGGUUAAUAAGGAUAAGCCAAACGGAACCAAAUUCUUCUUAUUUAUGAGCACAUUUAUUUAUGUAUUUAUUCUUCGAAUAUAUUUAUUUUUAGAUUUUUUUUUUUUGGUUUGUCCCACUUCCUUUCUGUCAUGGCACCCUGAAGAAAAAUGACUGGGCAUCAAGAUGAAUGGAUGUGCCAAGUCCGACUUCUUUCAACCUUCCAAACAACAGGGAAGAUCAAAAAUGCACAUAAAUGUUUUGCGCCGCAUAUUUGCGAAUAGGCAGUAGGAAGAUAAACACAUGGCUCUUUCCAUUAGUGGCAUCUCUUCAUCAAUAAGUAUUUGGGCCUUAAAGUUUUCUUGUUCUGGGUUUUCUGGGUUCUCUGUUUGUCACUCGACAGUUGCCACUCACAAGCCAUUUGCUUGUUUGCAACGAGGUGGUUCAGCCAAUGGACGAUGCCCGUGGCUGUACUCUCAAACGUCCGGAGCGGGAGAAUACAUGGUCUCAGAGGUUGUGCCAUUGAAGCACGUAAUUUGUUUCCUCUGUAAGACCAUAGUCCUUGCAUCCAAGGAUUCCUACUAGCUAUGGCUCAUACUGUAACAGCUACAUGACUUUAGGAAGUCCAGAAGACAGCAGGCAUCGCCUCUCCCUUUAUAUAUCAUGUAAAUAGCCGUCAGUUAGAGUUUCCAUUGGUGUUUUUGAGCAUAGGAUUUGCACCUCGUUUCCAUGAAUAGUUUGUAGAAUUACCGUUCUUAUAUAAAUUAUUUAAAUCUUUGAGGGAGUGAAAUGUAAUUUAUUCACACUAAUUUAUGUUAAAUCUGCCUAUUUAUUUAACCUUGCCUAUUUAUUGACUUUAUGUCACCAUUAUACAGUAUUUUUAAACAGCCACGAGGAAAUAAGUCUUCCUCAUAUAUGUUUUCAAAGUUGAGGAAGCGGUUUAGAAUUUCAACUGUAGCAAAUUAUUUUAUAUAUCUUAUUUAUUUUCACAGGUGAGAUUUUUAGCCUCUUUUUUAAGUGCAAAUAUUUUGUAUCUGACAAGGUUUGAUAUUUUUUAAAGUUUCACUUUUGUUAUGUUUUUUUCUGUAAAAUAUUUCAGCCAUCAGCAGAAAUAAUAUGAUGUAUUUAUUUAUUUAAUAUUUAACAAAUAAUGGCAACAAUGGAAACAGUGAUAUUGUCAAAUAUUUAUUUUAAAAUGUUGUGUUUAUGAAGGCGGAGUGUGAAUAUGGAUAGUCCUCUCGAUAUUUAAGUGAGAGAACAUUUAUUUAUAUUCACUCAUUCUCAAAAAUGUCCAAAAUAGUAUUGGAUUCCAUGAUGUGUCCAUCAUGUACCAGAAAACCAGCAGCUUUUCCUUUCACAUUGUGCUAAAGUACGUCAGUAUUUACUAUCUAGGGGAGUAAUGAUGAAAAAUAAGACAAAUUUACUGUAUUAUACUUUACCUUUUAGCAGUCUGUAGCAGCUAUACCAGGCUCAUCCAAGCUAGUCUUUAUAAUGAUUUAUGCCUUCUGUUAAAUACCUUCUUUUAUACUGUAUUGUUAUGUUGAACCACUGAUAUUCAAAGUGAAUCUCCAGUCACAGAAGUGAAAUUUCACAAUUCGUUUUUGGAAUGAGUCGUAUGGCAGCCUCUUUGAGACAAGCAUACAGGCUUGUAGCCUUAUUCUUAUUUUAUAUUUUUGAUGCACAAAGUGCCGCUAAUAACUUAAUUUUAUUGAUUCUCAUUCAGCAAUGAUGCUACCCUCUUUUCAGUGGCGUAAUAUAGUAGUGAUUAUAGUAGUGAUUUAUGAAAUGUCUUUUCUCUUGCCAAGAUGGCCAUAAAUACACUAUAUUUACCUUCUCAAAAAUACUAUAUAUAAAUACAUAGAUAUAUUUUUCAAGUGUAAUUGUUCACACUUACCGUUCACUCCUUGUAACUUAGCAACACAGUUUGUGUAAAUACUGUAACUCAGUAAGUGCAUCAUUUUAAAGUUGUGAAUCCUGUUUCAGACCUGGUUGACUGUGGUUUUAGGAUAUUUACAUUCAAAGUGUUAUCUUUUAGAUAUAAAUAGGUUUUCAAAAAUUAAUGUAAUUUUUCUAAACACUUUUGCCAUUGCCUACACAUAUCAGUCUUGUAUGCUGUACAAAUGAAGCUAGACCAUUUUGACAAAACCAUUUAUAAUCAUGCUUGGUAAACAAAGAUGUGAUGUCUUUAAAUGUAGGUACUGUCUUUGGGGCAGUAUCACAAAAGUGUCUACAGAAACUUAACAUGCACAAACUGUUGGUAUUGGCUAUUCUGCUAAAUUCAUACUUAAACAACCGUACAAAUCAGUUAUGAUAGCAUUGACGAGAGUUUUCAGAGAUGAAAUCGUACCCAGUAUAUGAAUAGAAUAAUUAAGUUGGCUUGCUGAAGUUUCUAAAGUGGAUUAGCUAAUACUCUUUACUGCAGGCUGUAUCCCAGCAGAUAUGUAACAUUAUAAAAUGUGAUCUGGCAGAAUACUUGGGGAUACUCUGGCAGUGAAUGUGGCAUCUGGCCCUGAGGUACACCGACAACAGUGCCAUAGCCUCAGCUUUCAUGGACAGAGCUCAGCCCUAGCACUAGAACAAGUAUUUACAUAACUGUAAAUAUAAAUUUAUUUUUUUCCUGUCACAAACUGUAACUUCAAACUGAUUGUAUAUUAGUGUUUUGACUGAAAGUCUGGAGAUCAGUCCUAACCUUAAGCCUAACCCUAAAACCAAUAGCAGACAGAAUCUUCAGUCUCUCUGUUAAGACAUACACAACCUGUUUGCUUUUAAGUUAUAUUCUGAUGAAUAACUGAUGCUUGUUAGAAUAAAUACAGAAGCAACAAUAACCCUUGUAGAGCUCUGAGAUAAACCAGAUGGAAUCAAGCCCUGUGUGAAAAAAAAUGGGUUCAGGGCAAAGAAUGAGGAGUCUGUAGCAUUUACCGAUAUCCAUCACUGAUAACUUAAAAUACUAUUAAUACAUAUAUUUAUUUUUCUACAGAUUAUUCACGCUAAACUGAUGGUACUUAUGCACCAUGUCUUAAUUUCUUAAUUUUCCUGUUUCCUCCUUAAUUUUUAGUAUUUUGCCCUAACCCCAGUGUCUUGAUAAUGAAUGAAUAGGAAUGACUGAAGACCAUAUGAGAUUCUGAAUUUCCCUUUUCAAGAAAGAAAGGAAAACGUUGGUUCUAUGUUGGCAAGUGUUGGUUCUAUGUAGCCUAUAUCCCUUUAAGUUUCUUUAUUCCUUGGUGAAUGGGUUUAAUGUUGUUUUCCUGCAAAUGGGUUAAAAGAUUCCAUGUGUUCUUUGCUCUAUAUGCACGUUAACAUUAGGUUCCAUUACCCAGCAAUUAAAGUGUCAAAUGGACGAAUCUUUACAAUUACAUGCACCAAAAAUACAGGCUGAAGGCCCAAACUGUGUCUUGACUCAGACCAUGUGCUCCACUUAACAAAAGCUAGAAAAUGGACACACUGGUUUAGAGAAAAAUAAGGUACUUAAAUAUUUGAAAUAUAGACAUGGCCAGAGUUUCAAAUGAAAAAGUAAUAAUAAUAAUAACAAUAAUUUCUAAGACAGAUAUAAAACACAUGCACAAAGAGGAGAAAGGCAUGUUUGGUAGAAACGGACUCUAUUAAGCUUGCAUAACCAAAAUUCCCUACUAGGUACUGUAGCUUAAAACUUGUAAUUUUAUCAUUUGUGCCUUUCUCACUCCAUUCAUUGCAGGAAAGGGUUUGUUUACACAAGGGAACUGGAUUCAAAUAUUGCUCAGGAUGUGAAAAGUGAAUAGCAAGACCCUAGUGAAAGGGGUGAAGAUGAAAAUAAUCAUACAUAGUGAAACAUGCCGCCAACUUAAACACAAACAGGUGUAGUGACUUAGAUGGUGGCAGAUUCCGUAUAGCUUUAGAGAGAGAAAACACGCAAAGAAACUGUGAUUUGAUAUGAUGAUUCAGGUACCAAAUUCCAUUAACUGGUGAAAUACUAUAAGAUAAAGAUAUGAGGAAACAAAUGAUGACAUAUAGAAGGACUAUGAACAAGGGCAGGGCAUUAUUUUAAAACAAGUGGAAUUCUUUGUAAAAAAAAAUUGUAUUAAAUGACAGUGUUGUUCUUGUCGUUGAUGUAGCACUAAAUAAAAAAAAAAACUGUUAGAUGCAGUGUGAUAUCAUUUACAGUCAAGGUUUGUCCUGCUAGCACAUUUUUAAAGAUAACUAUUUUUACUGGUAAUAUUUUUUAUAGUACUGAUGUGGACAUUGAUUUCAAAAAGACAGUACUUCCAAAUGACAAAAACUUCCAAAAUAAUAAUAAUGAACUGUGCUUAUUUAUUUUUUUAAUUUUCUUGUGUAGAAGAGGGGUUACUUGUAGAAAGCGGGCCAAGCCUUGAGUGUCUGUCUGCUGAGGUCUUUAUUUUUUAUUUUUUUGAGGUCUUUUUGAAGUGAACUCUGUAAAUCUGCCUGGAUUGUAAAGUCUCUGAAUUCAUGUACCUGUGCAGCUGUUUACAUUUGUCAGUGUUAUUGAAAAAAGUGAUGUCUGUAAUUGUGUGUAUGAUUCAUUUUAAUGUUA